AUGGAGAACCGCCGCGAGGGCGAUGUUGAUGAGAACGGUCCGCCUCAGACUGACGCGCGCACAUACGUGGAGUACUCAGCGAAAUCCAGGCUUCGAGGAGGAACAUUCGAAGCAGCAAGGAGCUCAAUGAAGAUGAAGAAAAGAUGGACACCGAGCACGAUGAAGAUUCUGCCACGGAGAAGUCGGACGUCACCGAUUGGAGCAGCUUACGCGCCAGCCUCGAGGCAGCAUUCGGAGAUAUCGGGACGACAAAGCGGCACAUCAGGUCAGGAUGCCUUGAACUUUAUGGCAUACAUUCAAGCCAAUGCAUGCAUAAGCCCUGGGAUAUUCAAGAGGGAAUAA